CUUUCGCCGGCAGUCGCCGUUCACUCAACCAGUAGCGUGCCGCGAUUCAUGUGAAACACAAGUGUCAAACGCGCUAUUCAAAACUUUAUAGCUGUAAAUAAACUUUCGGAAUAGUUCUUCGAAAUACAAAAACAGUUCCAAAAAGUUUUCAACUUCACAAAAGGUUGUGCCUUUAUUUGUGAGAAUUAAAACUGCGUGUGUAUGUGUGUGGUUUAUUUUAUUGAAUAAAUUGCAGCGACAAUAACAACUUGGAAUUCUGUGCGUAUCGUGAGAAAUUGUGUGAGUUUUUUUUAUCAUCUAUUCGUUUUGUGAUAAAUUAACUAUUUAGUUCACGUUAAAGUGUUUAGAAACUUCGCUGUUUAUUACAAGCAACGCGUGUAUAGACCAAGCGAGCAACCUUGUAUGACCGGUUUUUAAUACUCCAUCAUGUUGCUGAGAAAAAGAGGAGUGCUAUUCCUUACCAUACUCGUCAUAAUCAAAUCUUCCGAGCAACAUGGUUCCGGAGCACCUUCCGGGGCUUGCCAGGACCAGAUGCCCAGGCACUCCACCGUCUUGCCACAGAGCUCGGUGCCUCCGUACAUCAUCGUGCCAUCAUCAGCUCAAGUGAGGCAGGGAGACGCUGUCAAUGUGACCAUUGGCAGUCCAGCUGGGGCGCCGCUACCCAUCGGAGGGUUUAUAUUGCAAGCAAGGUCGAUACAGAAUCCGGACACCAUAGUAGGUCGUUUCGUCUCCGUCCCUGACCCUGCCAUCACCCACCUGGUGACCUGCAGCAGCGCCAAUGACACCGCCACACACUCCAACCCACAAGAGAAACCAGCUCUCACCUUCCAGUGGAGAGCGCCCAAUGACUUCUUAGGAGGAGUGGAGUUCAGAGCAACUGUAGCCCAAAGCUACGCGACGUUCUGGCGUAACGUGGAGUCCCCGCUAGUGGAGGUCGUGAGACCUGACACUGUUAUCACAACCACUGCAACACAACCGAUAGCACCUACCACUACACAGGCACCGCCAGUUAUCUUGGAAAAUAAGCCCAAUACUGCAACCGAAACCCGAGACAUCAUCUACCAAGGUUGCGACGACACCAAACUCUGUUUCGGUGUGCCACAAAACUGCGUCCAACAAGGCAACUGCAAAGCUAUAGUCGCUGUCUUAGUAAUCGGCGACAUUUACACGUUCGAAAUACAAGGAACAGAUAACCCAAAAUACGUGGCCGCAGCUUUAAGUAACGAUAAUAAAAUGGGAGAUGACAGUGCUAUGGAAUGCGUCAGAAAUGACAACGGAAGAGUCAGCCUUUUCACCUCCUGGACUUACCCGAAAUCAGAACCUUACGUCAGAAGGUCAGAUUCCCCUCAAGAUAUAGUGCAAUUGAAAGAUUUCACCCUAAUAAAUGGCAAGCUUUAUUGCAAAUUCACGAGAGACACGGUCUCUGUCGUCAGAGGACAGACGUUCGAUUUGGCUAACAACAAAUACAAUUUGAUGGUGGUCUCUGGAGACAGCAUGAAAGAUGCCGAACGAGUCGGAUUCCAUAGUCUAGCGUACGAAUCAACGGGCCAGCCUCUAGCGCUCGCUUCUGUAGGACCAACUACUGGAGCCUCCAAACUACUGCUCAAACUGCACGGCAGCUUCAUGAUAGCCGCUUGGAUUGGAUCGGCUUCCAUCGGCAUAUUACUUGCGAGGUACUUCAGACAAGUUUGGGUCGGUAGACAACUUGGCGGCAAGGAUAUUUGGUUUGCAUACCACAGAAUCCUCAUGGUGUUGACGUGGCUUCUGACAGUAUGCGGUUUCAUCAUAAUCCUUGUGGAAGUCGGUGGAUGGUCCACCACUGGAGACAAUCCUCACGCGAUCACUGGCAUAAUCACUGUGGUGUUGUGCUUCAUACAACCUAUAGGAGCCUACUUCAGACCACACCCGGGUACUAAAAAGCGACCUAUCUUCAACUGGCUGCAUUGGUUAGUCGGCAAUUCUGCACACAUCCUUGGAAUUGUAACAAUCUUCCUGGCGGUGUACUUGCAAAAAGCUGAGUUGCCAUCGUGGAGCGUCUACAUUAUGGCCGCAUUUGUAGUUUUCCACGUGAUUAUGCAUAUAGUAUUAUCGCUGACAGUAUGUGUAUCAGAUGGCAGGAUAAGCAACGGCCGAGUGAACGCGUUUCCAAUGAAAGAUAUGUUAGGACAGACACGGCAAACUUCACAAGUCGACAGAAGCACAGACGCGCCGUUCUCCAGCUUCAGAAGACUUCUCCUUGGCAUCUAUGCUCCAAUCGUACUUCUGCUGGCUGUAGCCAUGAUUUGUCUAGUUGCGUUAGCACCGAUCAGUGCCACAUACAACAACAUAAUGGGUGCUUGAUCGCUCAACAUGAAAUCUAUUUUGUAAAUAUUCUACACAAUAAAAGAAUACCGUCUUAUAAAAUAAAAAUAUAUUAAAUUAAGUUCAACUAAAUUUUUUGAUCAAUUUAUAUUUUAAUAACCUUCAAGUAACCUCAAACUCAUGAUACUGCUGAUUGUUAUUUUUUUUGAAUGUUUUUUCUGUUUAUCAUCCUCUUAGAAAUACAUGUGAAUUUAUAAAUAUGUGUGUAAUAAAAAUCAAUUUUGUUAUUCUAUUCUACUUUAAGUAAGCCAAACUCUUCUUCUUCUAUUUCUUUGGCAAUAUUUUGAAUGCCACAAAUUAGAACAAAUAAGUCCUUAAUCAUUUCCAAAAUGUUAAUCUUUCAAAUAACAAUUCAGUUUUAAUGUUAAAUAGUUUUAAGUUAUUUUAGUCACUGAAUAAUCAUUUAAGGCAGAUAUAACUUAUUUAGUAUUGUCACUGUAAAUAUUUCAAAUAAAUUAAUAAGAUUACAUUAAAUUGUUUUAUUAUUAAACAUUUAUAUACAUACAUUAUUGACAGUUUAUGUGUCCUCUUUAGGUAUUUGGGAUUCUUCCACAGUUCUCGAGGAUGGUAUGUAAACUUUGAAUGAGAAUUCUGUACGUGGGAAGGAUCCAGGAUUAAUCACUUGGCAAUCUUGAUAUGAUCUUGUGUAAGGCUGGAAAUGGUCAGCAACAACCACUAAAUCUGGCAUUGGAUACAAACUUAAUGCAUCAGCAUGUUUCCAGUAUACAGGUUGUACACCUAAAGAUAAGGGUGAGAGUGUACACUGACUCAGCAAUGUUUUGGUCAAAUGAUCUGGUAUAUCCCCAGAUUCAGGGAAGUGAAUUGAAUUUCUACACAUCUUUGUGACCAAGUCCUGUCUGAUUAAGACAAAUUCUUGAGUGCAGUACUGUAUACGACAAGGGUUUGUUGCAAAUAUGACGGAGUCACCUACUUUGUUCCUUAUAUCUUGUGUGAUAGAGUCUGGUAUUGCAGGCCUUGGCAGUAUAUUCGCAGCUGCUGGAUCUCCUCUGCCCGGUAUAAAAAUAAACUUGCAUGCCUCUUUUAAUUUAGUAAACUGAUAAAUUAGAUCUCCCAAGCUAGCAAGAGCUGCUUUUAGUUGAAUACUGUGCUCAUAUCCAUAAGGACAAGAUAAAAAUUCACCAAGAAACACAAAGGCAAUAGGUGGAAAGUCAUUGUACCCAGAAAAUAAUGUUUUCAAUUUUGCCAUUACUUUCAAAUUGUCAAACCAUACAUCGGAUAAGAAAACAAUCAUUCCGUCUUCGUUUUCUUGUUCAAUUUUAAGUAAAUUCUGUGAUUUUUUUAGCAAUGUCUUUGAUUUUCCACCAAAAGUGUUCAAGUUUCCAAAAUAGGAUAACGAUGUGGCUCUGCUCUCUGACGGUGGAAGUACUAAACCCAUGACAUGUAAAACUUUGUCAUCAUAAUAACCUUCAGCCAGAACAAAACUAUUUUCUGUAAAUAAGCCAGAGUGGUACCUCGUUUGUGUCAUAUCCAAUAAAACACUGCCUGUAGGGUCUUCUAAAUAAAAUUUACCUUCAGUUAGUUGAGUUAGAAGGCCUAAUACUAUAACCUCAUCAAUUUUACUUGAAGAACUUAACAAGACUUCUAUUUUUCGUAAUCGAAACCUGUUUUCUUCAACUCCGGAAGGUAGUACUUCUUGAGCAAACAACUUGUUUCUUACAGUUCUUUGCCAUAUAAGUGUAUAUCUGUCAAUUAAGUACUGAGCUUUCCAUUUAGGCUCUGGAUACAAGUUGUUGCCGCUGUUUACAUCCUUUGUGAAUCGAUUUCUUUCACUAUCGUAAUUUAUUUUCGGUAUACUAAAUGCGUCAAUUACGUUUAACACCGUUUCGCAUUCUUCUAAGCCAAAUGAUGAACAUUCUCUAUAGGCAGUCUCUAGAUGUUCUUUUUCCAGAACCGGUUGGGAUAAGCACUGUCGUAAAAGGUGGGCUGUGAGUUUAUCUAUCAUUUUCUGCCUUUCUGAUGAAGAUAGCGGGGAUAACUGCUCGGCAACAAAAUUGCUUGCUUCUCGUCGUAUUGUAAAACCACUAAGUUUAAAAGCAUUGUUGACUUCUAGCCGAAUUGUGUGUAAAUCAGUCAUAGCACUUACUUAAUCAGGGUCUUAUGAUUUAUACCGUCUAAUUAUCUGAAUAGAUAUUUUUUUCUUUAAACUUUAAAUAAAACACAACAUUUGCCCGCCAAAAGCAACACUUCAGACAAAAUAAAAC